AUGCUCCUGCUGGAUUUUGAUAACACCUCCAACUGCCCUCAUACCUUCAGGCCUCACGGUGAGGGUCCCCAGGCAGGCGGCGGUUCCCUGCAGCGGGCUCUCCGUUCUCCCCGCCUCCACGCGCCCUUCCCCUCUGCCCCGGAGGCACCCAGGGAGCUCGCCGUUCGUUCGGCUCAGCCUCUUUUGGCACCGAGGCCCCCAGGUGCCCAGCACGAAGGCGGAGCCCGGCUACAGCCGCCUCCCCGGCGCCGAGUACUGGACCCCCUGGGAGCUCGGGGCCCCAGCGCUGCGGAUCUGGCAUCCCCAGCCUCCCUGGCUCCCCGCGCUCCUCCCUGUCUGCGCUCCGGGCGCGAAGCCUGCAACGCGCGAACAGAGCACAGCACGCGGAGCCGAGUGGCGUGCGCGGCGCAGUGGCGCGGGCACCCCCGAUUGCGGCGCAGCCAGAGCCCGCGCUCCAGCCACCCGCCCAUGGACGCCCGGACCAUGUCUGCCAAGGGACCCGGCUCCCGCACCCGGCUCUGGGCGGCGGCGCUGCUCCUGCUCGGCCUGCCAGGGCUCUCCGUGCGGGCGGAGGGGAAGCUCUUUGUGCUGGAGUCUCAGAAUGGCUCUCAGGGCCUGGAACUAGAGGCCGCUCGGCUUUCCUGCAAGAGCAGAGGCGCUCACCUGGUGUCUGCGGACGAGCUGCGGAAGGUGGUGCGGGACUGUGCCUUCUCCGUGUGCACCACGGGCUGGCUGGCGGACGGCAGCCUGGGGACAACCAUGUGUAGCAAGGGGAGUGGUGAACAGCAAAUCAUGAGAGCUGUCGAUGUGCGAAUUGAAAGCAACCCAGUUCCUGGUGGCACAUACAAGGCCCUGUGUAUUAAGGAUGAAGAGAAGCCGUGUGGAGACCCGCCUUCCUUCCCACACACCAUCCUGCAGGGCCACACGGGCUUGGAGAUGGGGGAUGAGCUGCUGUACCUUUGCGCCCCCGGCCACGUGACAGGCCGGCGCGAAACAGCCUUCACCUUGCUGUGCAACAGCUGCGGGGAGUGGUAUGGCCUGGUCCAGGCCUGCGGGAAAGAUGAGGGUGAGGUACAUAUUGACUAUGAAGAUAAUUUUCCUGAUGACAGAUCUGUGUCAUUCAGAGAGCUCAUGGAAGAUUCCCGGACAGAGGCAGAGGAGGACAGGGGUCAGGGAGAAGCCUCUGAGGAGGCUCCAAAGCAGGACCAUCUGGUCUCUAUUUCUGUGGGGAGAGAAGACACAGCCCAGGAUACAGCUUUUGCGCCAACCACAGGUUUGCCCAGCACUGGGAGCAGUGUCCCCACAGACCUGCCAGGAUCCCAACAAAACCAGAAGUACAUGUUCUGGUUUCCUGAUGAGACCUUCCACAAGCCUGAGUUGGAAAAGGAGAUGGACGAGGACACCAAAAAGCAGGUUCCUGCUGGAGACAACCACAGUGGCACCACAUUGGCCCCAGGUGAGCCAGAAGAAACUAGGGUCAUCUACAGCAGCACUGAUGGUCCCUUGGGGCCAUUUGUGGGUAGGAAUGACAGCAAGGCAGGUGACCCAAUGGUGAGCAGCAGCGAUGAGUCCUGGUUAGAUGGCUACCCUGUGACCGAUGGGGCUUGGAGGAAGACAGAGGCAGAAGAGGAGGAAGAGAAGGACAAGGGCAAUCGAUCAGUAGGGCUGGAAGAAACCUUCCUAGUUACACCCAAUCAGCCUGCUGUUGUGGAAGUUAAGAAGCCCAGGAGUACCACCCUCACACUCAGUGAGGACACAACCAACCGUUCAGUUCUUCCAACUCAAACUCUAGAUGUAGAAGCUUUGGCUCUCAGACCCAUGAGUGUGUCUGAAACUGAGAGUCCCAGCAAGGGGGAUGGUGACUUGACCAGGGACCAGUCAACUGUUCCUUGGAGAUAUGCCACAGAGAAGCCUCCCAUGUCCACCCUACCCUAUGAGCUCACCAGCUCUAUCCUGGAGACGGUGACAACCGCCAUCCACAAGACAUCGAACCUCAUUCCCUCAACUGUCACGGCGGCCACCCGGACUCCAGUGGAAAUCACUGCCCCUGAGGUCCAGGAUACCUUUCCAUACCUGCUGUCUGAGGACUUCCUGGGACAGGAAGUCCCCGGCCCAGGUGCAAGCGAGGAGCUUCUUCCAACCUUGGAGUCCUGCGUAGGGGAUAAGUGUCGCAGCCUCAGCAGAGGCCCCAUCAUUGCCACCAUUGUCACGGUUCUGUGCCUGCUUCUGUUCCUGGCAGGCAUGGGGGCCGUGUGGGGUUACCGCAGGUGCCAGCACAGGAGCUCCGUGUACAAGCUGAAUGUUGGCCAGCGGCAGGUUGGUCACUACCACCAGCAGAUUGAGAUGGAGAAGGUCUAGCCACCUUGGGGGGCUCGCCCGAAGCCCCUUGGGAGGAAGAUAAACUGUGACAUAUCACAUUGAGAAACACUGACAAUUCACUAGCGCACGAAACAAGUGGAGUAGGGCUCGUCUUCUUUUUCUCAGGUCUUUGUUUUCUAGGCUGAGAAGCAUCUCUGGAGGCAC